CAGCAGACCUACGCACGCGCUAGAGAGGGUCACUCGCUCUAGAGGACAGGAGAGAAGAAGAUGGCGAGUCAAGUUUUCCUUCCGAACGCGGAAUUCUCCAAACACGCGAAAAUAAGUUCUUUGGAACAGUACCGGCAAAUGUAUAAGAAGUCUGUGGAGGAUCCCGACAGAUUCUGGGGUGAGAUCGCCAAAGAGUUGUACUGGAACGUGCCCCCUGGAAAAAAGGAACUCUGCCGAUAUAACUUCGAUACUCGCCACGGAAAGGUAUUCGUGAAGUGGUUCGAUGCAGCAAGGACGAACAUCGCUUACAACGCUCUAGAUAGAAACGUAGAAAAAGGAUUCGGUAAUAGAACAGCAUAUUUUUGGGAAGGAAAUGAAAUGAACGACACAAAGAGAAUUACAUAUAAAGAACUUUUGGAAGAAGUUUGCAAGUUCGCCAAUGUUCUGAAGAAUAAAGGUCUCAAGAAAGGAGAUCGCGUAGCUAUAUACAUGCCGAUGAUUUUAGAGCUGGUGAUAGCCAUGCUGGCAUGCGUGCGCAUUGGUCUUGUUCAUUCUAUAGUGUUUGGUGGGUACUCCGCAGAAUCACUUGCUGAGCGAAUGAUGGAUGCGAAAGCUUCACUUCUAAUUACUGCUGAUGGAGGCUUUCGUGGACCAAAAUUAGUGAAUUUAAAAGAAAUCGCUGAAAAGGCGGUUGAAAUAUGCGUGAAUAAAGGACAUAAACUGAAAGCAGUAAUUGCUGUGAAGCAUCUGGGAUCUACAAAGGAGGGUAAAGAAAUGCAUCCACAUACACAGGGAAACUGGAAUAUUGAUUGUACAGUUACAUUCUGGCACAAUGAAAUGGCAGGCGUUUCGAAUAAAUGCGAACCAGAAUGGAUGGAAGCUGAAGACCCAUUGUUUAUACUUUACACAAGUGGUUCAACUGGAAAACCGAAAGGCAUCUUACAUACUACUGCUGGAUAUAUGAUAUACGCUUAUACUACAUUCAAGUAUGUAUUCGAUUAUCAUGAAAAAGACAUAUAUUUUUGUACUGCUGAUAUAGGAUGGAUAACUGGUCAUACCUACGUUACCUACGGCCCAUUACUCAACGCUGCAACUUCAGUGAUCUUCGAAGGUGUGCCCUUCUACCCAGAUGCAAGCCGAUUUUGGAAAGUGAUUGAUAAAUAUCGAGUAAGCAUUUUCUACACUGCUCCAACUGCCAUACGAGCUCUGAUGCGAUUUAGUGAUGAUUAUGUGAAAAACUCGGAUAGAGGAAGCUUACGUUUGCUGGGAAGUGUUGGAGAACCAAUCAACCCAGAAGCGUGGUUAUGGUACCAUAGAGUAGUAGGAGAUGGAAGAUGCCCCAUUGUUGAUACCUUCUGGCAGACAGAAACGGGUGGGAUUGUCAUAACACCUCUUCCUGGAUGUAUACCACUGAAACCAGGAUCUGCGUGCUUUCCAUUCUUCGGAGUUGUAGCGAAAUUACUCACAGAAGAAGGCAAAGAAAUAACUGGAGAAGGGGAAGGAUACCUGGUUUUUGAAAGACCUUGGCCUGGAAUGAUGCGCAGUGUUUAUGGAUCGCAAGAACGUUAUGAAACUACAUACUUCAAAAAGUUUCCAGGUUAUUAUUGCACCGGGGAUGGGGCAAGACGAGACGCUGACGGCUAUUUAUGGAUAACAGGUCGUGUGGAUGAUAUGUUAAAUGUAUCAGGACAUUUAUUGUCAACCGCAGCUGUUGAAUCUGCUCUCAUCACACACCAAGACGUUGCGGAAACUGCUGUUGUAUCCACUUCACACCCAGUUAAAGGAGAAUGCCUCUACUGCUUUAUCGUAUUAAAGGAGGGUAGAAAAUUCGAUGAAAAUAUGAACAAAGAACUGAAAGAGAAGGUUCGCUAUUGGAUCGGACCAUUUGCCACACCUGAAUACUUGCACAUUACGUCAGGCUUACCAAAAACACGCUCUGGUAAAAUUCUGAGACGAGUUUUGAGAAAAAUUGCAGCUAAUGAUCGAGACCUGGGAGAUCUCACUUCACUUGCUGAUGAUUCCUUGAUUGAAAAAUUAUUCCAAACUCGUCCUCAGACAGCUUAAGCGAAGAGAAGCUAUUAUGGAAGAGAUUUUGCAACUUAAUUUGCUUCAGCCUUUGCCAUUUAUUUUUGUAAAAUGAAAAUUGAGCUAUUGAAUGUAUUUUGGGUUAAAAUCAGGGGAGAAAAUAUUUUAGAAAAUAUCCGCACUUAAUUAACAUGUUAAUAAAAACAAUAUUAUUUCUUCCGUUCCUUGAGAAUCUCAAAAAUAUUAUAAAAUAAACGUACUUGCGUAAUUAUUGAGUUUCUAUACAUAAAAUAGGCUCUUCACAAGAGGAAAUUGCAAUUUCUCUGCUAUAGUCAAGGCUUCUCUAUGUACUGAGGAUCAAUGUUGCACAUAUCAUGAACUAAUAGAUCUAACUUUCAAUAGUUGUGAAAUAUCAUAGUGGCCUGCUAUGUAUGUUUUGAUAGUCAGAAAAGUUUAGAUUAGAAUGAAUCAAAUAGAUAUAAUGUUUGAAAUGUUGUUCAAAAAGCUGCAUGUGGCUUAUAAUGAAAACAAGAACCCUUUGUUCAAAUAUAUAUAUUUGUGCAUCCAUUACAAAAUGCUCUUUUACAUAUAUUUUAAAAUAUUUUGUUAAAAUAUAAAAAUAUAUAUCGCACAAAAUUAUGACAUUUCUGUUAAACUACACAAGCAGAAGACUUUUAAUAUAAUUAACUGUUUUUGCAAAUUUUACAAAAAUCAGUUAUCAUUAUCUUCGCAAUAAAAUCGAAAUAAGAGAUAUGUUAAUUCUUCUGUAAGCAUAUAUUCAAUGAUUAAAUGCUGACGGUUGAAAAGAUAUCUCACUCCUUAGCAUAAUAUAUGAAGAAGAAAUGAUUAUUUCAAUAUAUAUAUAAAUGUUGCUUCAAAAAGUGCUUUCAAAUAAUUUCAGUAAUAAAUGUAUUUCUUGGCGAUCUAUGUUAAAACCAUAACUGCCUUGUUUGAACUAGAUGAAACCAACACGCUUGUUCUCAGUUCAGAGAAAGAAAUGACGAGCAGUGUGACCAUACAUAUCAUGAACUGUGUUUCUACUGUAUUGACAGGUGCAUUCGUCUCCUAAAAAGUACAUAAAGUGCUAUAUUUGUUAAUUAUUUUGUUGUUUCUGUAUUAUUAAAUAAUUAUAAAGAGUGUAUUCAAA